UGGGGUCAUUGGAUGUGCAAGUGGAGAGGAGAGAGAGACCAGCUUGUCACGUCGAUGAGAUUGUCGCUGUCGCCUCUGUCAUCUGUCUGUCAAUUGUCCAUACCGAGGAGGAGGAGCAAGACGCAUGUCUUUAUUCAUUCAUCUUAAGCGAGAGAGGAGAAGAGCUGACGAGGCGUUAAUGUCAUCUUCAUUCCCACACUACCUACCUUUCUUGCCCGCAUAUUUGGCGUCGUCCCUGGUACUCGCUUGCUACCUCACCUUUGACUCUUCUCCCAUUGCAGCUGGACACCAGGCUGCCGCUUGCCCCAACGCUGCUCAGGGACCUUCAUGCUACAACUGCAACCAGCCGGGUUCGUAGCUCGAAUCGUCUUGACCUCCUCAUAGACAGGGUACUUACU